CCCCCCUUCCUUUUACUGGUCUCCUUACCCAACCAUACUCAACACUCAACUCAACAAUCAUUUACAUCUUCCAACCUAAUCAUAACCAACCCCCCCCUCACCAGCAAAGAUGUCUAUUCCCAACGAAGCUCUCCAAAAGCUCCUCCAAGAAAUUGAAACCCGAGUAAUCACCUCCCAACAACAAAUCGGCAUCACCAAGGCCCAGAUGACAACGAAACAGCGCGAUAUUCGCAUGCUCGAGCUCACAUCGAAGGAGAUCGGGUCGCUACCGAGUGAUACGAAGGUGUAUGAGGGUGUUGGAAAGAUGUUCGUCGCAGUUCCCAGAACAACAAUCGAUAAGCGAUUAGUGACCGAGAGCACGGAAUUGAAGUCUGAUAUUGAGGGAUUGGAGAAGAAGAUGCAUUAUCUGGAGAUGACGUUUAAGAAUAGUCGGGAGAAUUUGGAGCAGAUUUUGAAAUCGGGGAGGGCGUGAUUCUAAAUAUCAUUCAUUUCAUAUACCAGGAAGGGGUGUCUUUUUUUUCAUGGUUGUAUAUUUUGG